UGAUUUUGCAUUUCCGGGAUCUCCGAUAGGGAGGAGAACUGUUUUGUUUACAAACAGUUCUCCUCCCUGUCAGCUUGGGUACACUGCUUUGGAUGGCUGCAGUGUGAUUGCAGUGAAGCACAGUCACCACCCCCUAGUAAAACACUCCCAGCACACUUAACCCUUUGAUCACCCCUCAUGUUAACCCCAUCCUGCCCAGUGCCAUUAGUACAGUUUCAGUGCUUUUUAUUAGCACUGAUCACUGUAUUGGUGUCACUGGGGUUGUCAGUGACACCAAUUCAGUUCCCCCCAGUGUCAGAAUACCCGCCGCAGUCCCGCUAU